ACACACAAUACCACAACUACCAACAAGAGCAUCUCUUUGUGUCUCCUAGCCGCCAAGUUCUCCUGGCGAGACGUGCUCUGUUGUGCACAUCAGAGGAGAUGGCGGACGCUAAGCCGAAGGUUCUAAUCCUGGGAGGAACUGGCUUUGUGGGGAGACACCUCACCACAUUCUUGGUCAGCAAUGGGCUCUGCUCCCUGGUGAGGGUGGUCGACAAGGUCCCUCCAGCCACCGCAUGGCUGAACGCUGAACACCAGGCAGUGUUUCAACAAGUGGACUUCAAGCAAGCCAAUCUUGCCGUUCCUCAAAGUGCUGAGCGAGCAUUUUCUACCGAGGACGGACCUUUUGACUACGUCUUCAAUUUAGCAGCCGAGACCAAAUAUGGCCAAUCAACUGAUGUGUACAAGGAGAGGGUGUUGGAUGUGGCUGUGAACUGUGGGAGGGAGGCCUGCAGAACUGGAGUCAAGAGAUUUGUCCACAUGUCAACUGCUCAGGUCUAUGACUGUGACAAGAUUGUGAGUCACGAGGGAAGCCGGCUGCAACCCUGGACGACUCUAGCACAGUUCCAUCUGAAGGCAGAACAGGAGCUGGAGAAGAUUGAUGGACUGCCUUAUUUGGUGCUGAGACCGGCUGUCAUUUAUGGAGUCGGUGAUCUUCAAGGCCUCGCUCCCCGACUCAUUGUUGGAGCAGUGUACCGAGAACUGGGGGAGAAGAUGAAGUUGCUGUGGACGAAAAGUCUGCACAUCAAUACUGUCCAUGUGCGAGACGUUGUGAGGGCACUGUGGCAUCUCCGUGACAACGGGGAGGUUGGCCAGGUGUACAACAUCGUUGACAAGGGGAAUACAACCCAGGGAACUAUCUCAACAUUAGUUAGCUCUCUGUUUAAAAUAGAGCAUGACUACUUUGGUACCAUGAUGUCCAACCUGGCCAAGCUCCACAUGUCAGGAGCCACGGAAGAGUCGAAUGAGAAGCACUUGGGUCCCUGGUCGGCUGCCUGCCACCGAGACAACAUUUCCAACACUCCUCUCAGUCCUUACAUGGACCAGGAACUCCUCUACAACAGACAUCUCCAUAUUGAUGCGGCAAAGCUGGAAGGUACAGGGUUCAAGUGUGAGGUUCCUGGAGUAACAGUUCCUCUUCUGAGAGAGGUAGUUGAAGAUUUUGUGGCCAGUGGGCUUUUUCCACCGUCUCUCAUUCCCAGUCAAAACUGACCACCUCAUUAUAAUAGUAACCUAUAGCUAGUGUGUGUCUCUGUGUGUUUUUUAGCCGACAAUCAAACCUGACAAUCACAUGGACUCCUGUGUACAGAGCCUGGUAGAGAUGCAUUUGUUGUAGCACACUUGUGUUUGGUCACUUCGAUGUCACAGCAUUCCUUGCUUCAAUAAAACUUUGAUCAAAGUAUGUGGGCUGGAAUUUAGCUAGUUGCUAGACUUUUUUCUUUAGGGGAUCAUAUCUAUCAAACACAAUAUUGACAAACACAACACAUAGAGAUUUAUGUCUGUUCUCCUCAGAUUGUGUAGGCCUAGCUAAAUGAACCAGCACAAACGGCCAGUGCGACCAGUAGGCCAAUUAUUGGGUAUGUCGCUAAAGACCCGGAGACACGGUCCGCCCCUCCAGGCUCGUACAGAGUGUAGUUGCAGAGCUCCGGCCGCCCCACUCCAGUCGCCCCCAGGAGAGCGUCCAAACCCGUGUUGCCGUCCACUUUGCAGCUGAGGAAAAAGUAAUGGAGGGGUGCGGCGGCCGUGCAGCACCCGACGUCCUCCGUGAGCCUGCGCAGCUCGCUGGCGCACUGCGAGCCCGAGCCGAACUCCGUCUCCGUACCUUCACAGCAGGCCGUCUUGGCAGCUGACCCAUCGUUCAAGCGUAAAACGGCAUUAGUGCAAGGGCGCAUUUCGCCGUCGUCCAUUGUCACGUUGCCGCAGAGUCCCGCGUAGACGAUGUCCGCGUUGCUCUGGGAGGUGCAGCCCACCAGUACAUCGUAAAAUAGCUCUCUUGCUAGCUUAGUCGCGGGGCAUAUCAAGCCCUGGAUGAAAGAUACAGUGCCGAUGCUAUUCUGAGACUCUGUGAGACAGGCUGUGGUGCUCUUUUCGCAUUCGGCUGCAAUGCGGUCGAUGUUGAGAGUGACGGUAGAGCACUUCUGUUCCGUUUGUCGUUUGACAAGUCUUUCCGUAUCCCUUCCCUCCACUAGGGCGAGCGAGAACAGCGCUAGAAUUACCAAACUGGAACCCUGAAUGCAACUCAUGAUAAUCUCAGUUCUGCAAACGAUGAUCGCGCGAUCAAUAAUUGCAAGAGCGCGUGUGUAUAUACACGCGCGUCGUGCGAGGUAGGUGGGGCCGGGGAGUUGCAGAAGCACGGACGCACCGCAGCGAUCCAAAGCAACAUUAGAUACACCACCAUGCGAGGUCCUGCACUGUUCAGCGAUGCCGGUGUAUCGGAUGUGCUAUUGAUGAUAGUGGCGGCUUGUGUGGCGGUUCUGCACGGAGCAGUGCUACCUGCAGCCAUGUUUGUGUUCGGUCUUCUCACCAACGCCUUCGUCAACCAGUAUUCCUCUGCACAGCUGGCUAACUAUGAACUAGAGUUUGAUCCUCUGGAAUACAUUUCAAUGGGUCGUUUUGCUGCUGUUGAUGUUAGAGUUAUUGUGACUGGCUUCAUCAACUUUACCAACAUCACAGGGGGCGUGGUCAACUGUAGCGACAGCUACGAACUCCUCCCCUUCAAUCAGUCGUUUGACGAUAUCCUGCAGGUGGGCGUCACCCGUCUCGCCCGUUGCCUUGACAACCCCACCUUUCUUUCCCUCGUAAACCGCUACACUGUGGUUUUUGUUGGAUUGGGUGUGGCAUCAUGGUUGCUAGGCGGGGCGCACGUGUCUCUGUUCCGGUUGUCGGGGGUGUGGCAGGUGAGGCGGUUGCGCUCUCGUCUCUUCUCCUCUCUCUUGCAACAAGAAGCUGGCUGGUUUGAUGCCACACCCCCUGGGGAGGUGGUGUCCAGGAUUACUGAGGAUGUUGGUAAGGUGGAGGAAGGACUAGGAGAAAAACAGGGGUUGCUACUACAGUGGAUGGCUACCCUGGUUGCCGGGGUGAUAGUCUCACUGUACACUGAGUGGAGACUGACACUGCUGAUAGCGUUUGCUGGUCUCCUCAUCGCUGCCUCUACAGCUCUCCUCUCUGUGGUAACCACCUUCACCACCUCUCACGCUCUUUCUCUCUCUGCUACUGCCUCUGCCCUCGCUGAAGAGGCCCUCGCUGCCGUAGCAACAGUAAAGGCAUUCUGUGCGGAGGAGGAAGAGACAAAACGCUACAGUGAAGCAUUACAUGGAGUGCGGUGGUACGGGAGAAUAGUGGGUGUGGUCAGGGGGUGGAGUUUGGGUGUGGUCCAGCUCCUGGUCUUCAGUUGCUAUGCCAGCUCGCUGUGGCUGGGGGCAUUCCUGGUUCAGGAAGAGCUGAUUCAAGCAGGAGAGUUUGUCACCGUGUUCUUUGCAGUGCUACUGGUGGGUGUGUCAGUAGGUCAGGCCCUGCCCCACCUUCAGAUACUGGUGUCUGCUAAUGCAGCUGGCAAGAGACUGCAAGACAUUGUGCAGAGGGUUCCGCUUGUUGCCUGUUCCACUAAUGAGGGGGUGUGGCCAGAAACGGAGCUCCAACCCUCAGUCCAGUUCCGGAAUGUCACCUUCUCAUAUCCAACUCGACCCCAGGAACUGGUGUUGAAGGGGGUGAAUGUGUCCAUAGCUUCAGGACAGACGGUAGCUAUUGUUGGGUCCACUGGCUCUGGGAAAUCCACAAUGGGACAUCUUCUCACUCGACUCUAUGAUGUCACCCAGGGAGAUGUGAUGGUUGGAGGAGUCGACGUCCGCCAACUGUCCACGGAGAGACUACGAGAACAAGUGGGUGUGGUCAGUCAGGACCCCGCCCUCUUCCAGACCUCCAUAGCAGAGAACAUUGGACUGGGCUCAGGUGGUGUGUCUCCACCAGAGUCCAUUGUUGCCGCGGCAACUGCAGCUAAUGCCCAUGACUUCAUCACCAAACUACCCCAGGGCUACGACACUGUGGUGGGCUCUCGAGGGAGCCAGCUGUCUGGAGGACAGAGACAGAGGGUUGCCAUAGCGAGGGCUCUGGUGAGGAACCCCAAGAUCCUCCUCCUGGACGAAGCCACCUCGGCCCUGGACACAGAGAGUGAGAGACUGGUUCAGGAGGCUCUGGACAAGGCCAGGGAGGGCCGGACCACCAUCAUCAUCGCUCACAGAUUAUCAACUGUCCGUCAUGCCGAUACCAUCAUCGUCAUGGAGAAAGGGGGUGUGGCAGAGAUUGGGUCACAUGAUGAGCUCUUGAAGAAAGUGGGAGUAUAUUAUAACUUGGUGCAUGCUCAGCUGACAGAGGAGGUUGGAGAAGGAGAGGGAGAUGGAGUGGCAGAGAAGGGAAUGAUCCCUCAGUCUCCUCGCACACCGACCAGUCCAGUCCUCAGUGCAAUCGCUGAGCCUCACCAGGCAGGAGAGGAGAUUGAGGAGAAGAAGACUUCGUCCUUAUCCUGGUUCUCCGUUCUUCGACUUUCAGUACCUGAGUGGCCUUUGCUGGUUGCUGGGGUAACGGCAGCUGGAAUCCAGGGAGCAGUGUUUCCCUCUUUUUCCAUCUUCUUUGGCAGAGCCUUGGAGGCCUUCACCUUCCCCUUCAACCAAGUUCUUGAGCUCACUCACCAGUGGGCGUGGCUCUUUCUAGUCCUGGGCUUUGUGUCUGCAGUUUCCAUGGUGAUCAAGAAUGUUGCAUUCUCGCUGGCGGGAGAGCAGUUGACGUACAGACUGAGGUGCCAUGGUUUCUCGCGGGCUCUGAGGCACCAACUCAGCUGGUUUGACGGCCCAUCAUCAACAGGUGUGGCAGGCCUGCUCGCCUCCUCCCCUCCACGGGUGCAGGGAGUCAUGCUAGCUAUUAGCUCUCUCACUGAAGUGGGCGUCGGCCUCGCUGCGGCUCUUGUGAUCUCCCUCGUGUCGUCAUGGGUACUGGCUCUGGUGGUUAUGGCAUUCAUCCCCCUCCUGCUGCUAGGGGGACUGGUACAAGUGAGGUUGCUAAGGAGUAGAGUGAGCACUGAGUCUGCCAGUUCCCAGGUAUAUACUUACCUAGUCUGGUGGGGCUACACCCUCAAGCAGUGCGAGGGUCCAGCGUCAAGCUUGACAGCGAUUUGUAGUGAUGACAUAAUACCCAAAGUUGCUUAUGUCUGUGACAUAAAUUUACGAAGAGAUAAGUGUCAGUAGCCAUUGCACUAAUGAGGGGUGGAGCCUAUAACAUGACGUUGUACAAUUUUAUUGGGCUGCAAAAAUUGUACAAAUCGCGAUAAAGUUGGACGCCAGACCCUUGCGCUAGCUGCUCGCGGUAUGUCAGACAUUGUUCUUCCUCUCCUCCUCUUGUUCUUCCUUCGUCACUGUGUCAUGUGUGUCACGGGUCAGAUACUGCAAGAGACUGUGGUGAACAUGAGGACAGUGCAGCUGUUUGGACUGCAGCACACAUUCCUCUCCAGAUACACCUCAGCUCUUGUCCUCUCACUCAGGAAGAAGACCAUAGAAGCCAUUGGUGUUGGUGCAGUUUACGGCUUCACCAACUUCAUCUUGUUGGUUGCUUAUGCCGUCACCUUCCGGUUUGCAGCCUACCUGCUGACACUGCAUGUUGACCACACCCUCUACGCCAAUUUUGACGAAGUCUUCACAGUCUUCCUUGCCAUCAUCCUGGGCUCUCUUGCUGCCGGGCAAGCCAGCACUGCGUUGCCCCUGGCAACACAGGCUACUGCAGCAGCAAGCAAGCUGGAGGUCAUCGUGGCCCCCCAGCAGGAGGGAGAAGAGUGGGAGGGGAAGGAGUUGGAGGAAGUGAACGGGAAAGUGGGUGUGGUCAACGUCUCGUUCUCGUUCCCGUCAAGACCGGCGGUGCGAGUGUUGUCACGACUGUCGGUUACCAUGGCAGCAGGAGAGAGCAUGGCACUGGUGGGUCCCAGUGGAGCUGGAAAGUCGACAGUUCUUUCUCUGCUGGAGAGGUUCUACAGGCCCUGCUCCGGACAACUGACUCUGGACGACAUUGAUAUCUCUACACUGGGACUGCGAUGGUGGAGGAGACAGCUGGGCUGGGUCCCUCAAGAUGUUGUCCUCUUCAACCGCAGCAUUGCUGACAACAUUGCAUUUGGCUGUGAAGCAGGAGAGAAGGAGAUAGUUGCUGCGGCAACUGCAGCUAAUGCCCAUGACUUCAUCACCCAACUACCCCAGGGCUACGACACUGUGGUGGGCUCUCGAGGGAGCCAGCUGUCUGGAGGACAGAGACAGAGGGUUGCCAUAGCGAGGGCUCUGGUGAGGAACCCCAAGAUCCUCCUCCUGGACGAAGCCACCUCGGCCCUGGACACAGAGAGUGAGAGACUGGUUCAGGAGGCUCUGGACAAGGCCAGGGAGGGCCGGACCACCAUCAUCAUCGCUCACAGACUCUCAACGGUUGCUAGGGCUAAUCAUAUUGCUGUCCUCCGGUCUGGGCAGUUGGUUGAAGAAGGCAGCCAUAGUCAGUUGCAACAGCGACAAGGCCUGUACUGGAGACUGCUACAAACCAACCAAUAAUGACGCUAUGAAAUUGAUUGACAUGGGACUCUGACCACAUUUAUAAAUAGUUGUAUAUUAUACCACUCUGAUUCAAUUAAUGUCACUCUGAUUUUGAGAAAGUCUAUUAUAUAUAAAUACACUCACAUUCAUUUGUGUCCUGCGCUUCUUAUCAUUAGU